AUGUGUAGGCAAGAUUCAAAAACCCACUUCUUGAAACAGCCUCUGAAGUGUGUGGUCUUUCUAAAAACCACAGGUGGAAAAGGGAAACCUGGUGGUGGGACGAUAGGGUUGAAGAUGCAGUCAAGGCGAAGCGGGUUAGCUUUAAGACAUAUAAAGCUCUGGUUAAAGCAGGCAACAAAACCGAGGCAACAAAGGCUAAGGCUGCCUACAAUGAGGCCAAGCGGGCAGCAAAACAUGCAGUUUGGCAGGCAAUUUAGUCAGAAAGCUGAGAAGGAGCAGUUUGCUUACAUCUCUCCGAAUGAUAGCAGCAUCUUUAAGCUUGCAAAACAAAUGGACAGGACAAAUCUGGAUGUUGUGGGUGAAAAGUGUGUAAGGAAUGAUGCGGGAGAACUAUCUCUGAAUGAUGAGGACAAGAUGAAGGCCUGGGUUGAACACUAUGCUAGACUUCUGAAUGUUGAGUUUGAGUGGCCGAGUGACCUACUUCCUAAGGUUGAUCCAGUGGAGGGCCCACCCCCACCUGUCACCAUGGAUAUUAUCCGCAAGGCUCUCAGCAAGAUGAAGUGUGGCAAAGCUGCAGGCCCCUCAGGCAUCAUAGCUGAGAUGUUGAAGGCUGCAGGUGAGGAGGGCAUAGAUAUGUUAAGAAAACUGGCGGAAGUUGUCUUUAGUAGUGGUGUGAUCCCCAAGGAUUGGCAAGAGAGCUACAUCCUGAACCUCUACAAGGGUAAAGGUGGUGCCCUCGACCAAGGUAAUUAUCGAGGCCUUAAGAUCACCGACCAGGUUAUGAAGUUACUGGAGCGUGUGUUGGACAGUUUCAUCCGUGGUAUGGUGGACAUUGACUCUAUGCAGUUUGGCUUUGUGCCAGGCUGA